GAGGCGUAUUAUGAUUGGUCGUUCUCUUGGUAACACGACCUGAGUCACUUCCGGUGAAUGGCGAUACGUAUACUACUCAACAUCAAGCACAACUUGCCCGGCUGCUUUCAAUGUGGACUGAAAUAUGGACUAGCUUGUGGUGUCAGUUGUAUUUAUUGGCCAGACCCAUGAUCAAGUGGAUCCUCAGGAGAGUUACAGGGAAAUGUGAACUGUUGAGGAUAACAUAUGAUGAAGAGCCUGGAGCAGGAAGGACAAAGAGAAUAGAAAAGUCACUCAAACGAUCCCAUCAGCCGGCACUGAAACAAAUCUUGAGUGAUGACAACCUGGUUAUUGGUGAAGCAGUGAAGGAGGUGCUUAGACUGAAGUCUAUUGUACCUGAGGUACACCCAAACUUUGAGAGAUGUUUCAGCGUGUGUGUGUGUCAGAUCUGUGGCUACAGGAGGUUGCUGCAGCAGGUAGAGGAUCACAGGAAGACCAAGUACAGCACCGCAGACAGACAGCACGAAGACAAACUCAUGCUGCUGUGGACAUUGCUAAUGCCGACCACCAAGCUUGAGUCCCGGGUCAGCAAACAGUGGACAUAUAUCGGCUUCCAGGGGGAUGAUCCCGCCACCGACUUCAGGGGGAUGGGGCUGCUGGGCCUGGACCAGCUUCUGUAUUUCAUCAAGGAAUAUCCCGAAAUCACACACAGUCUUCUCUCUCAAUCCCACCAUCCACAGUAUGGCUUCUCAUACGCAAUACUGGGCAUCAACUUCACGGGGAUGUGUUAUGACCUGCUUAAGUCUCGGAAACUGAGAACUCAUUUCUACAACCUGACCGUGGAGGCCCCUACCAUGAAACAGUUUAAUGAAGUCUACUGUUGCCUGUUCUUCGACUUCAUCCAGUUCUGGUUCAAGGAGAAGCCCAGGGACAUCAUGGAAUUCGGUCGGCUUCGUGACAAGUUCCAGAAGCUGAUUGUCAAACAACUGAAGGACAAACAUUUUGUUUUGAAGGCCAAGUUUCAGACAGCGGGGGAGGGGGGCAUCAUGAUAGAACUCUUUAUGUACCUGGAACCUUUUUCAUAUCUUCAGAUUUACUGGAAAUAUUUACUUGAAUUAAACAUUUGAUAAGAAUAUAUUGAAGUAGAUUUGGUAUUUGUGAAUGACCCGUUUUGUCUUUUAGGAUUUGUUCCAUGUUUGUGAACUAAGAUAUAUGCCACCUUGACAAGGUGCACAACGCUGUGUAUGAAGGCAUGUCCCGACGGCAUCUGUUGAUUGUAUUGAGAACAUGUCAUUAUGUAGCCAUAUUGUCGGUAGUUGGCCAACAGGGUUAUGUUUGUCUGGUGCUAUAGUGUUCCAGUAUGAUUUAGAGAGUAUGCCACAUUUUGUCAGAGUAAUUAUAUGAAUUAUGCAGAGAUGAUUUCUGCUUGAACUCUGCCCCGGAGUGAAGUAGAGGCAAUGUAUGUGCAAUAUACCUAUGAUUGAUUUACUACACUGAGCUGAGUUUACCAGUAAGUGGAGAAAAGAGAGCAGUGCUGUAAUACUCCUGAAUAUACAUUGUGUUUCCAUGUUACAACUCUCAAAGGUCUACAGAUUUUAUUAUAUUUCUUCAUUUUCGUGAUUGCUGAAAGAAAGUUUGAAGUUGUUAUUAUUUCAGGAUUGUAGUUGUCGGGACAGUAAUGAUUACUUGAGUUCAUACAAACUCAGAAAGAUUGAAAGCCUUAAACCAUGUCAUAUCUCCUUGUGAACCACAUCUGUCUAGAAGGGAAGGUAAUCUUUGUGAAUAUGGUCAUAUUGUCCUGUCUGGGAGGGGAGGUAAUCCUUGUGAAUAUGGUCAUAUUGUCCUGUCUGGGAGGGGAGGUAAUCCUUGUGAAUAUGGUCAUAUUGUCCUGUCUGGGAUGGGAGGUAAUCCUUGUGAAUAUGGUCAUAUUGUCCUGUCUGGGAGGGGAGGAAAUCUAUGUGAACAUGUGACCUGGUCAGUUCUGAAUGCCACAAUGCAAUAUUGGUGGGAAAAGGUUAAACAUAUGACAACAAUUUGAUGGUUACAUUAUCAACUUCAAAUGGAAUGUAAAGCGGACGCAUAGGAAUGUUCUUGUGUUGGGAGGCAGCACAUCACAGGACACCUGUCAUCAUCGAUGUCAAUUCUACGGGUGUGCGAGAAUGUGAUGACUUGUCCACCCUCAUGUCCACCCUCAUGUCCAUCCAUCCAUCCUCCUGCUCCUUCUGACAUCAUUGACAUUCAUUGGACAACAGAACAUCUUCAUACUCCCUUGACCUGCUGUAUUGUUAGAUAUGGCACCCAUCGAACAUGUGGCAUGAAAUGUAAACACCUUCCACACCUACCAGGCAUUUGAUCCAGCUGUGACAGACCAUGGUCCGAAAAGCCUUCAAACUUUCGUGUGUCGUCAGUGAGACUCAGUGUCCAGACUGUGGCCAUAUACUGACCCCACACCACCUUCAGUGGUAGAUGACCUUCAUCGAGGAUAUAUUCAUGUCCAGACACAUCAGUAUAUUGUUCUGGUAGAGUGAUGUCACAUCUCUGCUCCAUCUCUCUCAGCAGCCAUCUUCCACGUGAAGGUAACUUGUUUCGGGGGCCGUGUGAACUCCAAGUGCAGCUGUGUGAGUGAGUGGGUCAAGGUCAAGGAGGGCAUUCCUCUUGAAGAUCAGAUCCAGAAGUGAUCAUUCCACAAGUCCUGUUGCCUGUUUAAUGUGUGUGUCUAUUACGUGUGCUUUUGUGAAGUUUAAUGUUACUUCAUGUAAACAUUACCUAGGAGGUAUAACACAGACUCAGGUGACAGAGUUCUUGUCUGUGUGGCCCAGUAAUAUGUAAACUGCUUCUCAAGGAAUUUUGAAACCUUUUUUUGUCAGCAGACACAGGGCAAUGAGGUUAUGUGUCUGAGGUAACAUCACUUUCAGCUGUGCCUGACCUUGAAUGAUGAACUUGAAAGUGGCAGAAGACUUCAUUUUUCUCAUUCCACACUGUGUUUGACAUUCCCUCAACAUUGCUUACUUGGCCCCAGAGUCCGCAGUAUCACUCCACAGUAGACUCCAUGUUGGCCCUCAAAUCCGCAGUAUCACUCCACAGUAGACUCCAGGUUGAUUCAAAGUUUAUAUUGUCACCAUCUGAUACUGUAAGGUGUAAACAUCAUACAGUCUUUCAAUAAAAACAUUUAUCGUU